AUGGCCUUUUAUACACCGUCCUCCAUCUCCCAUUCCUACACAAUGAAUGCCCUGCCCACCGAGCUUGUCUGGUUGGUGAACUGGCGACCCAAGGACGUGCCCCUUACCCCACCGAUGACCUCAACCUUUGAGCGGAGAAAGGUGCAGCACCGCCCGACGUUGCCUUCAAUAGCCCAGUUCGACCGUCUAGCUCAUUUCGACCGUCAACUCUCAUCUCGCGAUUUAGUGUCGGCAAUGCCGCCUCUAACUCCGCCAGACGAUGUGCCACCACCGACUUAUUCUCCUGAACCUACUCUCCUUCCUCCACUUGCCACCACCACCACCAAACCGCCCGCGUUCGACAUGUCCAUUGACUGGCUGGACGUCUCGCGGACGCGUUCAGCACGUUUCAUUGCGGAGAAAACUUGCGAGAUGAUUUGCUACCUUUGGUUCGCGUCCUCGCCGCCUCCACAAGGAUCCUAUUCACCCCUCAAAUCCCCAUUUCUCGGCCGGCCCGCUACAGCCAGCAACCUGCAGCUCGUCGCGACGCCUACCUUUGUGCAGUUCAUGCAGAAACUGCUCGAGACGACCCAGGUCUCGCAUUCGGUCAUUGUCCUCUCACUGCACUACAUCUUCCGGCUCAAAGACCGAAACAACGGAACCCCGGCCCAGGCUGGCAGUGAAUUUCGGAUAGCCGUCGCUGCACUCAUGAUGGCCAAUAAAUUUCUUGACGACAAUACAUAUACGAACAAAACGUGGUCCGAGGUGUCUGGCAUUGAGCUGUCCGAGAUAAACCGGAUGGAGCGGGAGUUUCUCAUGGGUGUUGACUUCAAUUUGUAUGUCGACAAAAAGACUUACGAGUCUUGGCUGUCUCUGCUCAAGGGACUUGUGCUCGCUAAGGAGAGAGACUGUCGCCGUUUCCGGAAAUCACGCACGCCGGCCCGGUCCUCCCGACUUGCCGCUACUACCUCACCCUCCACACGAAACUACUCCUCCCGCUAUGCUAUUCCUCCACCUCGCGCUCGAUCCACAUCACCCAAUCAGAUCUCCCGUCCUGAUUACACCCCUCGUCCCCCUGACGCUUCCUUCUCCUACAAAUCAGGUUCGAAGCGCACAGCAGAGGCCGCCUUCUCUCCCACCAGCGCUAGUUUCUCGCAGCUACCUUUCAAACGGCCCGCCGCAAUCUCCCUUCAGAUUCCAGAGUCCUCGGCUUCGUCCACUAAUUCCGGUUCCAACUCGCAUUCGCCGCUCGAAGGCUUGCAGUCGUUCGCCAAGAUGUCCCUGCACUCUCCUUCGCGGGCACCAACGUCCGAGUCGUCUUCGCCUUGGGUACCGAUUAAACGUGACACCGUUCCUCAAACGCUCGUUACGGCGUACAACGCGAGCGAAGGCACUCGGAAUGCUGUACCUGAGAAUCUGUACUUUUAUACCCUCGCAGGCUCGCCUAUGGUUGAUGAAGACCGCCGCGUUCGUCGGCCCAGGCUGCGCUACCAUCAGCCUGCGCCACCGUCAUCGAGCAUUGCUUGCUACUCGCACCGUGCACCGAUGCCUGUGAACAUUCAGUCUGCGUCGACGAGCCCGAAUGACAUGCACAUGAAUCUCGACCCGGUGCAUGUACUUCCCCACUUGCAUGAAACGGCAUGGACGCACCAAGUCGUUCUACCGCCCCUCCAUCACCCCAAGCCCAGCCGCCACUACACUAAUGAUAAUACCCCUAGUCCUAUCCCCGCACCCUUCGCUAAUGCUGGCCCUCCUGGCAUCCAGUUUUACUCUACAGCCUCGCGCUCCCCGCCUUGCUAUACACCACCCCAUCGUGAUAAUUGGUAUCGUGGCCGCGGGUAUUAA